AUGGCUCGGAGGGGAUCAUCAAAGGUUAGACGUAGAGCUAGGGCAUUGUCGAAAAAUGAUCGGAUCACUCGAUUGCCAGAUGGUGUGAUUCAUCACAUAUUUUCGUUCAUAGAUACUCGAUCUGUCGUUCGAAGUAGUCUUCUCUCACAAAGCUGGAGAAAUACAUGGAAAUCCCACCCGCAUUUGAACUUUGAGACUGGGCCAUCUCCCGAUCAGGCAAGUAGCUCUAACUUUCCCAAAUUUGCACACCGAUUUCUAUCUAAGCGUGAUGACGUUACCGAGCUUUCCACCAUCGAUUUCCGAUCAAAUUCCAUCACUCUUCGGCUUCUCAGAAAGAUCGUAAUCUACGCUAUGUUGCACAGGUCGCGAAAGUUAAAGAUUGAAUUCUUGGGUGAUAAGCAAACACGACGUGGUGGAUUCGAUUCGUCUUUGUUUAGAUCUCGAUAUCUCGAACACCUUGUUUUGAGCAUCGAUUUUGGGCUUAAAAUAAGUCCGUCGCUGACAUGGGAUUUUCCGGCAUUGACCACUUUGACUAUUAAACGUGUUACAUUCAUGUUACAACUUCCUAACGGUGAUGCUAGUAGGUCUAUUGAUUUGUUUUCCCGAUUUCCGAAUCUAAAAACUCUUGCGUUGGAUGGUUCACCAAAGCUUUCUUCGUUCACCUAUAAUGGCAUUGCUCGGUUUUUGUUAGCCACUAAAGAUCUUCGUUCAUUAAAGACUGUGGAGAUUCAAAGUCAACAUCGUCAACAAAUUAAGGAUGCCAUUUCUGUAAACGAGCUAAAAGAACCAUUUCAUGUGUCCUUAUAUCUGUCUUAUCCCAUACAUGGAUAA